AUGUCGCAGGACCAUCCGCUGCACCAGGCGUGCCUCGAUGGGCACCUGAGUCGCGUGCAGGAGCUCCUGCAUACGGACGAGGGGCGUGCGAGCCUCACACGCGCAGAUGCAGACGGCCGCCAGCCGCUCCAUUGGGCUGUGACGAGCGACGAGAAGCGCGAGAUUGUCGAUGCGCUGCUGGGCGCGGGCGACGUGGACGUCAAUGCGCCGGAUGCAAGCGGAUGGACGCCCCUGAUGAUCGCGUCGUCGUCGGGGGCGCGCCGCAUCGUGCAGACGCUGCUCCAGCGGUACGUAUCGUGCGCUGACGCCAGGGGCGCGGAUGUGCAUGCUGGCAACCACAAGCACAUUACUGCGCUGCACUAUGCGAGCAGCAAGAACCACGCAGAUAUUGUGCGUGAGCUCCUGGAGCAUGGCGCGGACGUGAAUGCGCUCGAUGGCGCCAAGCAGCGGCCCAUGUACGUCGGCGCCACUCACCCAGCCACCGCGCCGCUUCGGCUGGCCAUGACGCGAUUCCCUGCCGACCGUCUCGGCAACACGCCGCUGCACCUCGCGAUCGACUCGGCGCACGCGCAGACCGCGGCGGUCCUGAUCGAUGUAGGCGGUGCGGACCGCCAGCGCCCCAACGCCGACGGCGUGCUGCCUGAGGAGAUGGACGGUGUGGGCGGUCUCGAGCAGAAGCGCGUGCGCGAGUUUCUCGCGCAGUCGUUUGGACCGCUCUAG